AUGCCUUUCCGCUCGACGCUCUGCCUGGGAGCCUUGGCCACUGCGAGUGGCAAGGUCUACUUCUCUGAGACCUUCGGCAGUGGCUGGGAGAGUCGCUGGACCCCCAGUGAGUGGAAGAAGAGCGACGGAACUCAGGGGACGUGGAAGUUGUCAGCUGGCAAGUGGUAUGGAAACGAGGCCGAGGAUGAGGGCGUCCAGACUGCAGAGGACUCGCGCUUCUUCGGCCUGGCGGCGGGCUUCGACUCCUUCAGCAACGCGGGCAAGGAGCUGAUCAUCCAGUACCAGGCGAAGUACGAGAAGGACAUCGAGUGCGGCGGCGGCUACGUCAAGGUAGGCCCCAAGCUCGACGACCCCAAGACCUUCGGCGACCCCACUCCUUACAAUGUCAUGUUCGGUCCGGACAAGUGCGGCUACACUAAGCGCACUCACCUGAUCUUCAGCUACAAGGGCAAGAACGUUCUGAAGAAGACCGACCUGCCUUAUAAGCAGGAGGGUGAGGGUACCUCGCACGUGUACAGGCUGAUCCUGAAGCCUGACAACACUGCCAAGGUGGAGAUUGAUGGGGAGCAGGUCUACGAAGGCUCCUUGAAGGAGGACUGGGAGAUGCUGGCCGCCAAGGAGAUCAAGGAUCCUGAUGACAAGAAGCCCAGCGACUGGGUCGAUGACAGCAUGAUGGACGAUCCUGAGGACAAGAAGCCGGACGGCUGGGUGGAGGAGAAGCGAAUCGUGGAUGCCAACGCCAAGAAGCCAGACGACUGGGAUGAUGAGGAGGAUGGCGAGUGGGAGGCACCCAUGAUUGACAACCCCGACUACAAGGGUGAGUGGACCAUUAAGCGCAUUUCCAACCCUGCCUACAAGGGCUUCUGGGAGGCCAAGAAGAUUGCCAACCCUGAGUAUGUUGAUGACGACAGCCUCUACAAGUAUGAUGACUUUGGUUUCAUCGGCUUCGACUUGUGGCAGGUCAAGGGCAACACCAUUUUUGACAACGUCAUCAUCACCGAUGAUGUGGCUGAGGCGGACAAGUUUGUGGCAAAGUGGAAGGCGCUGAGUGAAGUUGAGAAGGCCAAGAAGAAGGAGGAGGAUGACAAGAAGGCUGAGGAAGCCAAGGCAGCAGCCAGCAGCGACUCCAAGGAUGACGACGAUGACGACGAUGCUGAUUCUGAGGCUGAAGCCUUCAACGCCGGGUCUCGCGCAUUCGUCAUGUCAGCCGCGGCCCCCCGCAGCGGCGCAUGGCUGGCGCCACAGCGACAGGACGCCGAUGCUUUCAUCUUCUCCCUGACACGGGAGGUCGCCAUGCACAGAGUCCUUCUCCUCGGUGCGGUCACCAGCGCCAGCGGCAAGGUCUACUUCUCCGAGACCUUCGGCGACGGCUGGGAGAGCCGCUGGACCCCCAGCGAGUGGAAGAAGAGCGACGGUACCCAGGGCACCUGGCAGCUAUCCGCCGGCAAGUGGUUUGGCAACGAGGCGGAGGACAAGGGUGUCCAGACCGCGGAGGACUCGCGCUUCUUCGGCCUGGCGGCGGGCUUCGACUCCUUCAGCAACGCGGGCAAGGAGCUGAUCAUCCAGUACCAGGCCAAGUACGAGAAGGACAUCGAGUGCGGCGGCGGCUACGUCAAGGUAGGCCCCAAGCUCGACGAUCCCAAGACCUUCGGCGACCCCACUCCUUACAAUGUCAUGUUCGGUCCGGACAAGUGCGGCUACACUAAGCGCACUCACCUGAUCUUCAGCUACAAGGGCAAGAACGUUCUGAAGAAGACCGACCUGCCUUACAAGCAGGAGGGUGAGGGUACCUCGCACGUGUACAGGCUGAUCCUGAAGCCUGACAACACUGCCAAGGUGGAGAUUGAUGGGGAGCAGGUCUACGAAGGCUCCUUGAAGGAGGACUGGGAGAUGCUGGCCGCCAAGGAGAUCAAGGAUCCUGAUGACAAGAAGCCCAGCGACUGGGUCGAUGACAGCAUGAUGGACGAUCCUGAGGACAAGAAGCCGGACGGCUGGGUGGAGGAGAAGCGAAUCGUGGAUGCCAACGCCAAGAAGCCAGACGACUGGGAUGAUGAGGAGGAUGGCGAGUGGGAGGCACCCAUGAUUGACAACCCCGACUACAAGGGUGAGUGGACCAUUAAGCGCAUUUCCAACCCUGCCUACAAGGGCUUCUGGGAGGCCAAGAAGAUUGCCAACCCUGAGUAUGUUGAUGACGACAGCCUCUACAAGUAUGAUGACUUUGGUUUCAUCGGCUUCGACUUGUGGCAGGUCAAGGGCAACACCAUUUUUGACAACGUCAUCAUCACCGAUGAUGUGGCUGAGGCGGACAAGUUUGUGGCAAAGUGGAAGGCGCUGAGUGAAGUUGAGAAGGCCAAGAAGAAGGAGGAGGAUGACAAGAAGGCUGAGGAAGCCAAGGCAGCAGCCAGCAGCGACUCCAAGGAUGACGACGAUGACGACGACGCUGAUUCUGAGGAUUGA